CGCCGGGGCACCACACGGCUUCGGCCCCGGGGGGGCAACAUGGGCCCGGGACCCCCGAAUUGAGUGGGGGGCUUCGUUGUCAUGGGGACGGCGCUAGGCCGCGGUCGCGGCCUACUCAGCCACUCGAUCGGAGGCUUCGUUGCCGUGGCGACGAGGCUAGGCCGCGCUGGCGGAGGACCCCGGGGGGGCCGGCCCCGCAUCCCGGGGCCCCGCCGCCAUCCCGGGCCGGGAAACGGGCCGGGUGGUUGCCAGAUGUGCGCUGUGGCGGCGCUUUCCCCGCGGAAGCCCCGGUGAGUCACGGGAGAGGCGGCGGCAGCAGCGUGAGACCCGUGGGGACAGUAACCCCUCCUCCCCGCCCGCUCUGCGCCCCCCACGUGCGUCCCCGGCCCGCCCCCGACAUGAGGCUGCUGUGGGGAAGGGGCUGACCCCGCGCCGUGCUCCCCGCGUCCCUACCUCGCCAUGGCCUCCCAGCCGCAGCCCCUGCCCCCCGCCGUGCCCUGCGCCUCCCCUGCCGGCACCGCGGGGGCCGGGCUGGCCGGCAGCCCCGAUAAAGGCAGCGCACGCCCCAAGCCGCCGGUGCGGCCCAAGCCCCGCGUGCUGCCCAAGCCGGCCGUGCCCGCCAAGCCCCCGGCGCCGCCCCCCGCGCCGGGCCCGCGGCACCCCCGGCCCGAGCUGCCCUCGGCCGAGAAGAUGAACCGCCUGGCCGGGCCCCAGCCCUACAGCGGGGCGGGCGCAGGGGGGCCCCUCCGGCGCCCCUCCUUCACCGUCAGAGCACCCGAGACCCCCAAUGGGAAGGGGCCCUCGUCGCCGUCGGUCGCAGGCACCGAGGAGGAGGUGCCGCCGGCCCCGCCAACCCCCUCGCGCAGGGGCCCGGCCCCCUUCAAGGUGACGCCGGUGCCGGUGGCCGCCAGGCCGGAGCGCUUCCCGGGCACCACCGUGGAGGAAAUCCUCGCCAAGAUGGACAGCAGGGAGGGCCCGGGCAGCCCAGACCGGGCCUGGCUCUCGCCCUUCUGCACCGACCCCUCCUCCCGCUUCGGCUCCAAAACCUUUGUUGCUUUCCGGAAGCGUCCCGGCGGGGAGGCAGAUGGAGACCCUGCCGGUGAAGCCCCCCAGACGCCCGCAGCUGCGGCAGGCGAGCUGGGAAUGGGGGAUGAUGGACACCCUGUGGCUGAGACGAGCAGCUCCCCCCAAGCUGGGCCGAGCUGUGCCGGGGAUCCCUGUGGACGCCGGAGGCCGCCAUCCCCUCCUGACCUUUCCACACUACAGCUGGGUGCCCUCGGACCUCCAGGCUCCCCAAGGCCUCCCACCUGCCCAGCUCCAGCCCCAGGAGCUCCUUUCCAGCCUGCUGAGCCCUCUGCCCCAGCCCCUGGCUCCCCUGAUGCCCCCCCUGAGCUCCUGGCCCCUUACUCCCCCACACUGCCCCCCGGCUCCCCCGAAUCCCCCACUCGGCCUCCAGUUGAGGUCCCUGUCACCUCCAUCCAGGCCCCGGGCGCUCCCUCGGCCACCGAACCCCAGCUCAGCGUCUCCCAUUCGCCUGGCUCCCCACACACUCCAGGGGAGGGAUCCCCUGGCACUGCCAGCCCCCCUGGCACUCCUGAACUGCCCCCACGAGUCACCUGCCCCCCCGGCUCUCCUGAAGCUGCUGCCGAGUACCUGGGCCCCCCCAGCCCACCCCUUGCCAAAGCCUCUCGUCCCCCAGGCUCCCCAGAGGGGCCUGAUGACUCCACAGUGUCCCCACAGUCCCAUGAGGGUCCUGAUUUCAAACCCCCUCCCCGUGAUGUGGGGCUCCGGCGUUCCUCCGAGGGGGUGCUGCGGCCCCCACCCACGGGGCAGGGCCUGGGGGAGCUGGGGGGCUCACUGAGUGCCCUGCCCCGGGCUGGAGACCUCCUGUCAGAGCCCUCCCUGGGCAGCGAGUCCGCCUGGAGCCUUUCCCAGUCCUUUGAGUGGACAUUCCCAUCGCGGGGGGCACGCUUGCCAGCCUUCCCUCCCCGCUCCCCCAUCCGGGAGACACCUGACUCGGGGCUCUCUGAAGAGGGGGAGUCAGAUGGGGAGGCUGUGACCCCCGGCCCUCCAAAGGACAGGAGCUCUGAAGGGUCUGGCAGCCAGCAGGCAGAGGGGGCUCCGUGCCCAGGGGGUCCCGUGGCACAGCGAGAGGCUGGGGGCUCAGCGGAGGAGGAGGAGGAGGAAAGGGAGGCAGAGCAGGAUGCUCCCGUGUCCCAUUCCCCACUUCGUGUGACAGAGCCUGGCCAGCACCCGGCUGAGCCUGAGUCCUCCACCCAGCCCAGCCUUACCACAACUGCCCCCCUGGCUCCAGCCCCCCCAGAUCCAGCUGCUUCCACUGACUCAGCCUGGGCAGGUGAUGGCCCCAAGAGCCUGCAGGGUCCUGGGGGCCCAGGCCAGGCUGAAAAACCCUCGCAAGACCCUGACCCUCACGCUGACCCGGGGUGGCUGACAGAGCUGUUGGAGUCACCUGGGGUCCACGGCUCUCCAGAGAACCUGCUGGGCUGGUCACGGAAGGACCUGUGCAGUGAGUUUGGCAUUGGCCGCCCUCGCCAGGACAGCACCUUUGACUGGAGCCACCCAGGUGCGUCCAGGGAGAGAGACUGGCCUGUUGAGACCAAGCAGGACCAGGAAUUCGGGACCAAAUCCAGCUGGGACAGCAGCCACAGCGACAAGGACAGCAGUGCCCGGGAGAGCUGGAGCAGUGACUACAGAGCAGCAGAGCUGAGGGGGGACACGAAACUGGGCUGCAGCGACUGGUCCCAGUCCCUUGGCACUGGGAAGAGCUGCCCACAGGAUCCAGACUUCAGUGCCAGCACAGCUGAGUGGGGCCAGGGCUAUGGCAGCACGGAGGAACUUGGCUCUAAACAGGCCAACUGGGGCAGUGGCCUUGGCACGGGACAUGUCCAGCAGCUGGACAAGGAGCCACACUCUGGGCAGCCUACCUGGGCAGGCAGGUACAGCAGCAGGGACACGGAGAUGAAGGACAGGGAACUCACCCCAGACUGGACCAGUAAAUACAGCAGCCAGGAUGCUGGGAGUAAGGACGAGAAUUUAACGCUGGGCUGGGCUGGCAGAUCCAGCACUGGGGACAGCCCAGAUAAGGAGGUCAGCCCCAGCCGGCCAGCCUGGGACAGGAGGUAUAACCCCAGGGACAUGGAGAGCCAGGACAGGGAGUUCAGCCCCAGCAGGCCAGCCUGGACUCGGGAGUACAGGGACACAGAAAGCCAGGACAGGGAGUUCAGCCCCAGCCGGCCAGCUUGGACUGGUGAAAUCGGGGACAUGGAAAGCCAGGACAGGGAGUUCAGCCCCAGCAGGCCAGCCUGGGAUGACAGAUCCAGCACCCGGGGCAUGGAGAGCCAGGACCAGGAAUUCAGGCCCAGCAGGCCAGCCUGGGAUGACAGGUCCAGCACCAGGAGCAUGGAGAGCCAGGACCAGGAAUUCAGCCCCAGCAGGCCAGCCUGGGAAGACAAAUCCAGCACGAGGGGCGUGGAAAGCCAAGACCAGGAGUUCAGCCCCAGCAGGUCAGCCUGGGAUGACAGAUCCAGCACCAGGAGCAUGGAGAGCCAGGACCAGGAGUUCAGCCCCAGCAGGCCAGCCUGGGAAGACAGAUCCAGCACCCGGGGCAUGGAGAGCCAGGACCAGGAGUUCAGCCCCAGCAGGCCAGCCUGGGAAGACAGAUCCAGCACCAGGAGCAUGGAGAGCCAGGACCAGGAAUUCAGCCCCAGCAGGCUGGCUGAAGCAAGUGAAUGCAGCAGGGACCUGGAAACUCAGGAUGAGUUCAGUCCCAGCGGAGCAGCCUGGCCUGACAGAUCCAGCACCAGGGACAUGGAGACCCAGGACAGUGAAUUCACAUCCAGCAGAGCAACCAGGCAUGGUGGGCACAGCACUGGGGACACGGAGACCCAGAAUGGGGAGUUCAGCCCCAGCAGAAGUGUCUGGCAUGACAGAUCCAGCACCAGGGAUGUGGAGGCACAGGACAGAGAGUUGAGCCCCAGUGGAGCAGCCGAGGAUGGGCAGCACAGCUCUGUGACUCCCGGGGAGGAAGAGCAGGAGCUGGUCCCAGCCCGGCGGAGCUGGCCCGGUGAAGGCAGCAUCGGACAGACCGGGCUGCUCGGGGUUGGUGAGGAGGACAUGCCCAGCUCCCACCACCCAGAGCCCCCAGCCCAGGAGCCCACCUGGGGCAGUGCCCACCAGCAGGAGCGUCACAGCUCUGGCAGCAGGGACUGGGCUGCGGAGCUUGGAGCAGCUGAGUGCCAGAACCAGUUUGGUGUCAUUGGGACAGAGCGGGUGCCAGAUCCCUGCAGUGCCAGAGCCUCGGAUGGCUCCAUGUCCGGGGUCCAGCCACAGCCAGGCUUGCACAGGGAUCUCUCUCUGGACAUGGGCAGUGCCCGCUGGAGCCAGGAGCUGGACAGCUGGAGUGUGGAGCCACAGGAUGCUGAGGCCAGGCGCCAGGAGUGGGCGAGUGCCUUUAACGCCCGCUGUGCCGCGCGCAGCCGGGACCUUGGUGCGGGGGAGCAGAGCGUGGGAGGGGACACCGGCGCAGAGCACGGCAGGUCAGCCCCCAGCCCUUCGAUGGGUGACAUUCCAGCUGAUUGCCCAGCUGUGGAGUCCCCCCGGAGUGAGUCACCCAGCCCCUCUGAGGAGGAGAGGCAUCCCUCUGAACCAGCUGCUGCCCCACAGAGCCCCAGGGUCCCCCCUCUGCUGCCAGAGGCUGCCAGUGGGAUCCCAAUGGACACAGGAAAUGAGGAACAGCCCUCAGACCAUCCAGACGGGGAGAGCUCCUCGAGCUGGGGGGAACAGCGGCUCUCACUCAAUACCCCCCAGCCCGAGGGGUCCAUGGAGCAGGGGCAGGAAUUUCCUCUUCUGGAGGACACAGAGCUCCUGGACAGCAGCGUGUUCCGCUGCAAGGCCAGCCUGGGCCGCAAGCGCCAGCACCGGGCGCCGUCCCUGCGCCCCACCACCGAGGGGGAGAGCUGGAUCUUCCGGGACUCCACGGAGCCCCGGCCAGCCCCAGCAGCGUCCUCCGACGAGGAGGCAGCGGAGGAGCCCCGGAGCCGGAGGAUGCGCGGCUCGUCCUCGGGCAGGGGGGUGAAGGUGCCGCUCUUUCCCGGCCUCAGUGCCUCUGCCAUCAAGGCGAAGCUGAGGGGUCGCAACCGCUCGGCUGAGGAGGGGACAUCAUCAGGGGACAGCAAGGGGACCCCUCCUAAAGACCCCCAUGUACAGCGCUCCAAGUCCUGCAAGAUCCCUGGUGUGAGUGGGAAACCCCCAGCCCUGCCCCCCAAGCCAGAGAAAUCCUCAGGAUCCGAGGCCUCUCCCCCCCACUGGCUGCAGGCGCUGAAGCUGAAAAGGAAGAAGCCUUGAGCAGGGCUCGCUCCGACGCUGAAGCCCGCUGUCCCUGGACCAGGGCUGUCCCCUCCCAUGGGGACAAACACACACACACACACCUAUGCACUUUGUACGAGCUCGCAGGGUCCCUGUCUUCACCUCCUCCCCAUCCCCUUGGUCCCCACGGGUCUGGGGGUGGGCACGAGCCCCCCCCUUCCCCUCCCCCCUGCUCAUGUAUGUCCCUGGACACAGGGCAACGGGUCCAGCUCGUGGUGCCACUGCCACAGACAAUAAAACCUCGCUGGUCAGUUCAGA